AUGAGGUCCCACCUCUCUACCAUCUCGGUCUUCGCACUGGCCUGCCAGAGCCUGGUGGCCGCUAAACAAUUUGAUCUGAAGAAAUUCUCAUCUGUAGUUAUUUUUGGCGACAGUUGGACCGACCAGGGCAUUUACUCAUACAUACCACGCGUAAAUGGCACGCUUCCUGACCCCAAACCAGUCACAUCUACAGGUGGCCGGAUUUGGCCGCAAUAUAUUAAACAGUACUCAAAUCAGGUCAACGUUUACGACUAUGCUGUCAGCGGGGCUAUGUGCGACACUCUAUUCUCUCCAACUGGCCGAAAUGGUAUCGUGCAAAACCAAGUGCCAGCCUUUCUAAGAGACCUUGCCUGGAGGAAUGAGACUUCGAAUCAGCCUGCGCUCAAGGUCCCCGCCGACGAGACCGUGUAUGCAAUCUGGAUCGGCACAAAUGACCUUGGAUACGCUGGUUUCCUUGCAGAGCAACAGCCGCAUGAUAUGCCUCUCACCGCGUUAACUAACUGCAUAUAUGAACAGUUUGAUCGGGUGUAUGAGGCUGGAGCCCGAUUCUUUGUGAUUAUGAAUAUGGGAGCACUCGAGCUCACGCCCCUUUAUGCGACACUUGAGAACAACGGAGUUCCGACGUCUAGAUUCUGGAAAGAUAAGUCAUCUUACGACGCGAACAUAACCCGCAUAAGCGAAAAGAUGCGCCAAUAUAGCACUACCCUCAAUACUUUGUUUGAAUAUCAAACGCCAUAUGAAGUCAACCUGUCAAAGCGUUAUCCGGGUAGCUCUUUCGCAUUGUUUGAUACCGCCAGCCUGAUUUCGGAAAUGUGGCAUAACCCAGGGAAGUACCUCAAUGGGAAUAGUGAGUUCAACGUUACGGGAUCGUAUCUUGGAUGCUUGGAGAGUGGAUGUAAACUUUCGGGCCCGGACCCAGAUAGCUUUCUCUGGUACGACGAGCUUCAUCCCUCAGAACAAGCCAAUCGUUGGUUUGCGAAAGAGUUUAUUGAGGUUGUCAAAGGACACAGCAAUCUAGCAAAGUAUUGGAAGUCCAGAUAA